GAAAGAACCAGUUACCAGUGGUACCUUUUCGAAAGAACAUCUCGCAAAAACACUAGCCAGUACCGGAGAAUUGCCGGUAUACAUGUGAGUGCACGGAUAGCCAUCAAGCUCUUCACAGCUUUCGUCAACGUUAAUUGUCACUUCAGUGCGUUUGCAACUGGCAGUCUACGCAAAGUAAUCGAAAAAUCUAGUCUUUCGAGUGCUUUUUUUUGACAACUGUUAAAGGCAUGAAAUAGACGUUCCAAAUGGCACUCGAGCAUCAUCAGCAUCCUAGUAAUAACGAAUUACCGCCGGGCAGCUUCUCCUCCAACGGGAGCAUGAUCGUUGUGAGCAACAGGUUGCCGUUCGUGCUGAAGAGGAACGAGGUGACCGGUCAGCUGGAACGCAAGGCCAGUGCUGGAGGUCUUGUGACUGCGGUAGCACCGGUGGUCAUCAGCGGGAAUGGCGUCUGGGUCGGAUGGCCGGGGAUGCACAUGGAGAACCCGAAUGAACCGAUUCCCGAGUCCGAUCCUAACGAUCGCACUCCGACAGCUGGUUUGCUGUCCCGUAAGGUAGUCGCGGUGCACGUCGAACCGUCAGUCUUCGACUCGUACUACAACGGUUGUUGCAAUGGGACAUUUUGGCCGUUAUUCCACUCGAUGCCAGACAGGGCCACCUUCAUCGCUGACCAUUGGCGAGCUUACUCGACCGUCAACGAGGAAUUCGCCGCGAAAACGGUCGGCGCGCUGGAGCAAAUUCACAAGGAGCAGGAAAAUCAAUCGAACGGCACGCCGUUGGUCUGGGUGCACGACUAUCAUUUGAUGUUGGCCGCGAAUUGGAUCCGGCAGGCGGCCGACGAGAAGAAUCUCAGGUUAAAGUUGGGAUUCUUCCUUCACAUCCCCUUCCCGCCAUGGGACAUAUUCAGAUUGUUCCCAUGGGCUGAUGAAAUCCUUCAGGGAAUGCUCGGUUGCGACAUGGUCGGUUUUCACAUUCAGGACUACUGUCUGAACUUUGUCGACUGCUGCCAGAGAAGGCUCGGCUGUCGAGUCGACCGCAAGAACCUGUUGGUGGAGCACGGUGGCAGAACCGUGCGUGUCAGACCUCUGCCAAUCGGUAUUCCCUUCGACAGAUUCGUUUCGCUGGCCGAGACUGCGAACAAAGUCAUGCUGACCAAUCAGAAGAUUGUACUUGGCGUUGAUCGUCUUGAUUACACGAAGGGGCUGGUUCACAGGCUGAAAGCUUUCGAGAUGCUGCUGGAGAAACAUCCAGAACAUCGUGAACAGGUAACCAUGCUUCAGAUCGCUGUACCUUCACGAACAGACGUGCGCGAGUAUCAGGAUUUGAAGCUAGAGAUGGACCAACUGAUCGGACGCAUCAACGGUCGCUUCACGACACCUAAUUGGUCGCCCAUCCGCUACAUCUAUGGUUGCGUGAGUCAGAACGAGUUGGCAGCCUUCUACAGGGAUGCUGCUGUCGCUCUCGUCACGCCCCUCAGGGAUGGAAUGAAUUUGGUAGCGAAGGAAUUCGUCGCGUGUCAGAUCAACACACCACCCGGUGUGCUGAUCGUUUCUCCGUUCGCUGGAGCUGGUGAAAUGAUGCACGAGGCCUUGAUCUGCAACCCUUAUGAGAUCGAUGAAGCUGCAGAAGUUAUACACAGAGCACUUACCAUGCCAGAAGAUGAGCGCACAUUAAGAAUGAAUCAUCUAAGGCGUCGCGAGAGGAUCUAUGAUGUCAAUUACUGGAUGAAGAGUUUCCUGCAGGUGAUGGGUUCGUUGGAAGAACGGGACUCCGUCGGUGCAACGACGAUGCAGCCGGUGACGAUGGACGACUUCGAUGAUUAUUUGAGCAAGUCCCCUAGGUAUAUCGGCGAGAACCAUAAGUUGGCCCUGCUGCUGGACUACGAUGGUACCCUAGCGCCUAUCGCGACGCAUCCAGACCUCGCGAUUUUACCUCUGGAGACGAAGAACGUCUUGCAGAGGCUAUCUAAUAUGUCUGACGUGUACAUAGCAAUUAUAUCAGGUAGGAACGUGGUCAACGUUAAGUCGAUGGUCGGCAUAGAAGGUAUCACGUAUGCUGGUAACCAUGGCCUGGAGAUUCUGCACCCGGACGGUAGCAAGUUCGUUCAUCCGAUGCCCGGUGAACUUGAGGGCAAAGUGGCGAACUUGAUGCAAACAUUGCAGGAGCAGCUAUGCAGGGAUGGCGCCUGGGUAGAAAACAAGGGCGCGUUGUUGACGUUCCAUUAUCGUGAGACGCCGAUGGAACGUCGUCCAGAGAUGAUCGAGCAGGCGAAGAAGAUCAUCCAGGAUUCCGGUUUCAAGGCCUGCUCCGCGCACUGUGCUAUCGAAGCGAAGCCGCCGGUUGAGUGGAAUAAGGGUCACGCAUCCAUCUAUAUCCUGCGCACAGCCUUCGGUUUGGAUUGGAGCGAGCGAAUCAGGAUUAUCUAUGCUGGUGACGACGUGACAGACGAAGACGCAAUGAGGGCGUUGAAGGGUAUGGCGGCCACGUUCCGGGUGGCAUCGUCGCACAUAAUACGCACCUCAGCAGAGCGACGUCUGCCGAGCACAGAUUCGGUGCUGACCAUGCUGAAGUGGGUGGAGAGGCAUCUGAGCAGACGUAAGCCGCGCAACAGCACCGAGAUCCCGUCGAGGUUCCGUCGAAGCAGCGCUGGCAUCACCAUGGAAAUGUCGUACACGCCGUCGACGAAUCCUCCUACGACCACCCUCGAGUCCUAGGUGACGCGGUCACGUCCGUUCUCACCAUAUCGGCUGUGCACACCUGAAGUGUGCACAUAUUCUAAUAUACUCGUAGAGUAAGAGCAAGUAAGCGAGAAGGAGGAACGGGCCGGAAGAGGAACGAAAAGGGAAUCUCUUUGGGUGGGUAGCUAACGUCGCGUAAAUUCUAUCCGAGCGCAGGUAUCGCGGGGAAUCGCACACGUUGAGGAGGUAAACGGAGUGCAAGUUGCGAACGGGUUCUUCUUUGAUCUGUGACGAGCGAGAGCCACUCACUUCCGGGGACCCGUGACGGCGGCAAGAAGCAGACCGAGCAAUUUCGCUUUAUCCGGUAGGGAUAAGAGCCGACGGAAGGGACUGAUCUUUCUUGGAACCGAAUCAAAAUUUUUGUCGACUGUCCAAACGUUCGAUGUACCUCCGGUAAUCACUUGAAUAGCUUUAAAACCGAGGAUGCUCGCCGGGAGUCGUCCGCGGACGAAUUUUGUUCACGCGACGUCGCUGAAAGUCUCCCUGUAAUAAAUUCUGUGUUCUUCUCUCUUUUCCCUUUUUUACUCUUGCGUUCUGCUGCCACUCGCCGAUUGAUGCCCGUAAUCGUAUUGCUUUGUCUUACGAAGCGACAGGCCCACUUCCGGCGAACGCGUUCGCCGGAAGCUCUAGUACUUAGCUAAUAGUUUGUAGGUUCGAGUCGCUCAAAUGAACGGAAUACGUUCGGUACACGCGUACCGUAGACAACGUUUCCGAGAUCGUUUUUCUGUUUCUUUUUUCUUUCUUUUUGUCUUUUGUAGUUUAUUCGCGAAGCUGGGAAAACGAGCGGAUAACAAACAGUGUUAGCGAAUAAGAAUUAACGCACCGUAUUUUCCUUUGGUUUGUAUUUAUUGUAACGGUCCGAUCGAAAUUGAUUUUCUGAAAAUUUUGUUUUCAUAGAGCUCGUACGCGCUUCGGUUCGUUGCUCGAACGUUGCCGAGAGUUUCGUCGGGGUUAGAACCGGGGAGGAUGAGUUUCUCUUUUUUCGCGAUACAUAAUUGUUUUCCAUUCUCCGUUUCGUACACCUUUCUGCAUAACCCCGGUAGAGUUAACUUGUUGUAUUUAUAUUAAUCGAACGAUAGGCGGAUCGACGAUAGCGCAGGUAAUAUAUUGUAACGUUAAUGUUAAUAUAUACACAUAUAUACGCCGAUGUAUACGUAUAUUCGUUGUUAAGAUGUGAACAUUUAUGUUCGAUGAUCAAAGUCGACCUCUAGUUUCAUAGGUUUCCUUUCGUUUUGUAAUCGCCGACCGAUUGACGAAACUAUCAUGUAGCGAGCAGUGCCAAUUCGACGAUCACGGGGCGCGGUAUACGCUGAUUAUUCACGUCGGUUCGACGACACGUGCAAAACGUUUACAUUGAACUGCGCGUACGUCAAAAUUGAGACACAUCUGUGACACGGACACAAACGUAAAGGGUAUUGUAACGUGGACACCGCAGUUCUUCGACUUUAUUCGAGAACGAAGUAUUUGAUACACUCAUUCAAACUUGUACUCUGCUCUUCACGACGCAAUAUUGUCCUAACUUUGUGUCAGAAUUUUCUUUUGCAUGGAAAUAAUACGUCACGCAAAAUUUACGUGCAAUAAACGUCGACGCGUUAGCGCACAAUUCGAAAUUGACGUCUGAAACAGCUCUUUUAUUUUUCUUUAAUAAUUUCCCAAAAAAUACUGUACUCUUCCUUUAUUUGCCCUUUUAAUGCGACACACGCGGACACGCGAAUCCGAUUUAUACGAUAAACACACGUAAACGUAAUCAUAUACAUGGAAUGAAACACGGACAAAUUUUACACUUUUUUCUAAGUAGGGUAAGUCGCCUGUAAGGUUUCAUUCCAAGUGUUUAUCGCGUUUGUUACGGGACGCGCGCGAUAAUCUAGAAGUAAACAAAGAUUAAGCGAUAAUCGGAAUGUAUUCCAUGGAUCUUUUCAAUAAUAUCUCGAUCACGUUUGAAACGCUAUCAAAGGUGUAUUCGCAUUGGUCGGCUUAAUGUUGUGUCAAUGUGAGAUUCAACGUGGAUGAAGCGUUGAAGGGAAUUUUCCAAGCGGAACAACACUAAAACAGACCAAAAAUGGCCGUCCCUCGUGCACACUCGCCCGUUGACGAGCACGGCCCUGCUCCUAAAGGGGGAAAGAAUGAAACUUUUAUUCAGUGUAAAUUUUUCUAUGGAUCAAUUAAUCGAAUACUGAUGUAUAUACUUGCAUAGAGUGACGUAACAAUUUUUGCAACGGCCGACGAGCAUUCAACGUUACAAACGAUCGUUGCAUGUUUCUAAUGGAGAACAAUGGCUACGAGGGCUAGGGAAUAGUCGAUUAAAACUGUCAUCUCUGUCAUUAUAGAUUUGCCUCGAGCUUCAUUGUCGCAUGCUCAUAAGUGUAGAGCAUGUAAGUGUACGCGUUAUACGCAGUGACUCGCGAAUUCCCAAAAACGAUAAAAAGUUCUGAAUUAUGUAUAACACUGUUAUCUGUAGGUUGUUAAGUAACAAGAUCACGUUUCGAGCAUGAUUAAGAGAUCUUAUAUAAUACCUUAAUGUAAACAGUAAUACUUACGCGAUAUUGGUUCAAAUUUUUAGUAACAAAAAAAAUGCAAUUUAUUUGUUUGAAUAACAAUUAAGAUGUCUCUCGAUAGAAAAAUUCGAGUCACUGUGCGUAACAUAGAACAUGCGUUCAUGAAACCUAAGCAUGUUUACAUAUGUGGAAUGGUACGCUCUGAAGUUGUAUAAUCGAGAGUUUAUUGCGGUGCAUAUAUAAGUGUAUUUUUACAUGUAGAAAAAGAAGCUUUGAACACAAUAGGAACGAGAUUCUAAAUGGGAGAAGAAACGAGAAGAUUAAUCGUAAACUGCUAACAGAUAUAAUAGAAACGUUAACACGUUCUGUGUCUCCUGGAAUUGGAGAUUUUCAGUAGCACGUUGAAGUGAUUAGAGAUUAAACGAUAGUUUUUGUACGUACAUAGCAGAUUUUUGUCUAAAAUUGUCUUUAGUAAAGGAUUCGAUAGAAUUUGGAGGUAUUUGAUUUGUUUGAAAUCCAGGAAUCCAUUAAUCAAAUGAAACUUAACUAAUGUACAUUGAUCUUUUUGCAGUGUCGAGUGCGCAGUGUUUCGCGCGUUUUUCACGAUACAUUAAAAUACGAGUGACUAUUUGCAUAAUCGAACACAUGCUUUCAACAUAGGUGGCCUGGGUGGCACAGAACAUGUUGAA